AUGCAGUGCCAAUAUCACCAAGUGAGCAAGUUACUAUCAGAACUGCUGGAUACUGAACAUGCUAGGAGAAUCUACAAAGACUAUCCCAUACGUGAAGGACAAGUCUACAGAACUAAAGCCAAAAUACUACAAUGGAUAGUCAUAAUGCCGACUUUUUAUAAAAGGAAAGGCACAGUCAAUAGAGCUACUUGGAGCGCAGAGGCCCUUCAAAAUGCAAUGAAUGCUGUUUCCACGGGUACAUUAGGUGUUAAUCAAGCUCCAAGGGAAUAUGGAAUACCUAAAACUACGCUUAAAAACAGAAUAAAAUUACAAAAGUCACGUUCAUUGGGGAAGCAGUCCUGCCUGAAUGAAGAAGCUGAACUGAAGUUAGUUUCCCACAUUAAAAAAAUGCAGAAGUAUGGUUUUACUCCAAAUCGUGAUCUGGGAUUGAAUAAGACCGUAGUGGAAGAGUAUUUUUCUGUUCUUGAAAAUGUUUUAACCGAAUAUCAAUUAUUUGAGAAGCCAGGAAAUAUUUUUAAUAUUGAUGAAAGUGGCCUACAGUUAAAUAAUAAACCUGGGUAUGUUAUAGCGGAAAAAGGGUCUAAAACUGUAUCCAACAUAACUUCUGGCGAAAAGGGGGAAACCAUUUCUAUUGUAGCAUGUUGCAGUGCAGAAGGUGUUUUUCUACCCCCCCCCCUAUGUAUUUUAAAAGGAAAAAACCUUAAGGAAUGUCAUAAGGACGGAAUGCCUCCAGGGUCUGCCAUUGUAAUGAACGAGAAAUCAGCUUACAUCAAUGCUGUUAUAAGAAAUAAGAAAUGGUUAGAGGAGCAUUUCCUGCCAAGAAAGCCUGCUGGUACCGCCUUAAUUAUCUUAGAUGGGCACACAUCGCACACCAACUCUGUAGAAGUAUUAGAAUUUUGUGAAGCAAAUGAAAUUAUUUUACUGUGUCUGCCUAGCCAUACGACACAUUUUCUACAGCCCUUAGAUAGGUCGUUCUUUAAAUCACUUAAAUCACAUUAUUAUUCUGAGUGUAACCGAUUUAUGAAAACAAAUCCUUCUAGGAAAAUAACCCGGUACCAAUUCGGCAAAUUACUUGGAGAAGCUUGGAACAAAUCAGCUACAGUUCAAAACGCCAUUUCUGGCUUCAAAGCCACAGGAAUCCUACCGUUUAAUCCCAGUAUCAUUCCAGAUUAUGCGUACUUAAGCGAUACGUUAGUUUCGAAUUCUGCUAAUCAAACUGAUGGUAUUCCAAACAGACACGCGAUUUCUUUAACAUCUAAUCCAAACAUUGCUCCGACACUAUCGCCAGUUGCUGGUUGCUCCAAAGAUCCCGAUUACAAUGGUUUGAACCCUCCAAACUGUCCAAAUGAACAACAAGCCCAAACAACAGCAAUUACCCCAGGAAAAGCCCUGAAUGAAAUUGCGCCUGUUAUUAAUACAUCUGCUGUUAAUACGGUUAGAAAGCGUGCCCGUCAAGUAGCCAAUGUUUUGACAAGUCCAGAAAAUAUUGAGUUGCAAAAACAAAAAAAACAGAAGGCCGAAAUAAAAAACAAAUCGAGCAAAGAAAGAGCUAAAAAGAAACGAACAAUAACAAAGAGAUUAAAAGAAGAUUAUAGUGAUGAUAGCAACUCAGAGAGUGAAAUUAUUUUGCAAGACAGCGAAAGCGGUGACGAAGAAUGGGAUGAAAACGAUUGUGCUGGUUGCGGCGAAAACUACUCAGUGACUAGGAAAAAGGAUGACUGGUUCCAGUGCACUCGAUGUGAUAGAUGGUCACACGAGGGUUGUAUGAAAUAUUCACAGAUGUGUGACCGGUGCGGCAAAACCGCCUCUAAAAACAGUGCCUAA